AUGUCUACUAGCAUUGAGCAGCUGAUUCACUCGGCGCCCGACUAUGCAUAUGCGCCUGAGGAAGAAACUCGCACUCCUUCUGUCGCUCCAUCUUUAACCUAUUCCGAUGAUUCCGAUGAUCAAGAGGAGCCUCAACCUCCCCCGCGCAGGCGACGCGCUUCCACAAGAUUGAUCGCCAAAAGUCCCGCCGAUGUGCAACGAAUCACUGGUGAAUCUACUCAGCAGUUACUAAACCGAUGUUGCGGUGGUGGCUGUUGUAUGAACCUGUCCAAGAAGAAUGAAGGAGUUGAAUAUGAACAUAUUCCAUUUCCGGACAAUGAGGCUUUCCGUUCUUUAGGAUUGAAGAUUGAUGGAAUACCCACGACCUUGACCAAUGUUCCAGAUCUUCCUGAACAAACCGCCUUUCUUCAAUCAAUCCGACAAGGCUUCAGUAGCCAACCUCUAGUUGAUUCCACAAUCUCUGUUGGAAACCAAGGCGCCUCGGCUGCAAUUGAAACCAGUUUUCAGAAUCUAACCCUCGAAGAUCUUGAUACCUCAAUUCAGCCUCCGUCAUACGUGACUCCCCAUCCUCCCCAUCAUGUCUUUCCUGCCAAGCUUGUCAACACUCGCGAGUUAACCAAGCCCGGCGCUGAGAAGCGUACGUAUCACUUCGACCUAGACAUCACUAACUAUCCCGAUGAGGAAGGUGUCGAUUUCAAGGUUGGAGGAGCAAUUGGCAUCUCAGCCCCCAAUGAUACCGCCGCAGUGGAUCUGGUGUUUGACUUACUUUUGGUUCCCCGGUAUCUGCGUGAUAAGUCCGUUCUGUUGCGCACCACGCGUGGUCGCUGGCCCACCGUAUGGGGCAAAGACCGAGCUCGGGAACUUGUUACUACCCGAAGAGCCCUGCUCACUUGGUGUUCCGAUAUUCAAUCAUACCCACCUACUAAACCUCUAUUGCGAAUUCUUGCCGAGUACGCGCUAGACCCCAAUGAGAAGAAGAUUCUCAUGUUCCUCUGCUCCAGCGAAGGGCAGGGUGUCUUUUGCGACUUCCGUACUGGACCCUAUAUUAGUCUCGCGCAGAUUUUGAGCGCCUUCCCAUCAGCCAAGCCGCCUCUAGACUUGUUAUUGACAGUGCUUCAACAGCUUAUGCCACGAUUUUACUCCCUUUCUAAUGACCCCCACAAGUCAUAUGAGGAAUGCGACAAAAAACAGCACCGCAUUAUUGAGAUAGCCGUCACCGUUCAAGAAGUGGCUGACUGGCAGGCGGGCAGCCGAACUGGCGUGGGCUCGGGUUUCUUUGAGCGCCAGGCUCGUAAAUUCUUAGAAGCCCAACGUACAGGAGGGAAAGCACCUGAGAUACAUAUCCCCAUUUUCAAGGGCCUCAUGGCCAACCCACUCGCCAAAGAAUUUGUGUCUGAUGGUCCGAUGCUCCUUAUUGGGGCAGGCGUCGGCAUCGCACCAUUCCGCGGCUUCGUCCAGCACCGUCUCAAGAACGCAAAUUGUGCCAACAAGGUCUGGGUCCUCCAGGGCGUUCGGGACUCGCUUGUUGAUGAGCUUUAUGGCGGAGAGUGGGGUGUGCAUGAGGACAAAGUGAAGAAGGUGAUUGAGAGUCGUCGCGGUGAGAGCCGUUAUGUCCAAGACGAAGUGCUCCAUCAAGCAGAGCUGGUGUGGUCCAUCAUCAACUCAGUCGAUGGCCGCGUCUUUGUCUGUGGUAGCUCCAAGGGUAUGGGAGAGGGCGUCGAAGAGGCGCUUAUCAAAGUGGCCAGACAAAAGGGCAACCUAGAGUACGAAGAGGCAAAGAAGUUCUGGGGGUUGAAGAAAGACGUCGGGCAGUAUAUCACUGAGACGUGGUAGUGGGGUAUGCAUGGGGGGCGGUCGGAGGAAGUCGGAGAUACGAGCUCUUCGCAAGUGCAAGGCCGUACCGUCCUUCGACUAAGCCCUUCCAGGAAUAGGAGCCUACCUACACAUUUCUGAUUUGAUUGAUGUUCAUAGCAUCCGGUGUUUUAGAAGAAGAAAAAGGCAUGGGGGCCGGGCGUUCGCGCAAGGUGGAUAUGGACUUAGGCAGCGAGGCCCGAUUCGCAAUGAUAGCGGCAUUUUCAUUUAUUCGAGCUGGCAUUGCGAGAACUUACACUUACGGACAUCGGAGAACUCGGGGAUAGAUCUCGUAGGAGGGAGGGCUUCGGAGCAGUGCGAAUGAGUUUUGCGAUGCUCUUCUUUCCUUGCCCGACGGGCAGGAUUGUACAUACAUAGCCACACCAAGUUACACCAAGUAUAUAGAUAUGGUUGACGAUGGUGUUGUGUAAAUCAAACGAUAUACCUUUGAAGUCUUUAAAUAUUCAAGGCAUAUGAUUCUACCUGAUGUGGUAUAUAUA